CUGCUCUGGCGCACACAGAUGGCACAUGGCAGAGCCCAAGCCCUCUCCAUGAGAUCUGCAGUGUUUGUCCACACGGCAAGGCAAAUUACCUUGUAGAGUCAGCAUGGAGGUUUGCUAACUCUGCCAGACUUGGUGCAGGAAAAAUACCAGCCAUGCUGCUAAAUCAAAACCCCAUGAGAAAACUUUCUGGUGACAGUGGGGCAUUGUGACCCACGUUGCCCAGGGCCAGGGAAAGGGCAGCUGCUCAUGGUCCUUCCUCACAAGUUUUCCUGGAGCAGAUGGACACUCCCAAGCCCAGGGAGCCCACAGGAGCUUCAGAAGGGCUUGGCUGGAGGGCGGGGCCCCUGGUGCACUUGCUCACUGGGGACUGGGGAGGCUCUGAUCGCAGACCGGGGAUGCUGCCACCUCUGUCUGCUGCCGGCAGAAAGCCACAAGCCAUGAAAACUGAUUGAGACUAGAAGAAUUCAUCUGGGACUGGCUUUUGCUUUAGGAUGGUGUUGGAAGUUGCUCAUUGUCACUAGAAGCCUGGUCCACUAUAAGGGUGUCGGGAUCUGAAGAGCUAUGGUGAAACAUCACUGAAGCAUUGCCAAGGAUGGGGCUGGUGAGCAGCAAAAAGCCGGACAAGGAAAAGCCGAUCAAGGAGAAGGACCACAGACAACGGAGCCCCCUGAAGGUCAGCACUGAAGACAAGGAUCCCCCGCCACUGCCACCCCUGGUUGUCUUCAACCACCUUACUCCUCCACCGCCUGAUGAAUACCCGGAUGAAGAUGAGCAUUUCGUGGUGGCUCUGUAUGACUACACCGCCAUGAAUGACCGGGACCUGCAGAUGCUGAAGGGGGAGAAGCUACAGGUCCUGAAGGGAACUGGAGACUGGUGGCUGGCCAAGUCACUCGUCACAGGAAGAGAAGGCUAUGUGCCCAGCAACUUUGUGGCCCGAGUGGAGAGCCUGGAAGUAGAAAGGUGGUUCUUUAGAUCACUGGGCCGAAAGGAGGCCGAGAGGCAGCUUCUUGCUCCAAUCAACAAGGCUGGCUCCUUUCUUAUCAGAGAGAGUGAAACCAACAAAGGUGCCUUCUCCCUGUCUGUGAAGGACGUCACCACCCAGGGGGAGCUGAUCAAGCACUAUCAGAUCCGCUCCCUGGACGAAGGGGGCUACUACAUCUCCCCCCGGAUCACCUUCCCCUCGCUCCAGGCCCUGGUGCAGCACUAUUCUAAGAAGGGGGAUGGUCUCUGCCAGAGGCUGACCCUGCCCUGUGUGAGCCUGGCCCCGCAGAACCCCUGGGCCCAAGAUGAAUGGGAAAUCCCUCGGCAGUCUCUCAAGCUGGUCAGGAAACUCGGGUCUGGACAAUUCGGCGAAGUCUGGAUGGGUUACUACAAAAACAACAUGAAGGUGGCCAUUAAGACGCUGAAGGAGGGAACCAUGUCUCCAGAAGCCUUCCUGGGCGAGGCCAACGUGAUGAAGGCUCUGCAGCACGAGCGGCUGGUCCGACUCUAUGCAGUGGUCACCAAGGAGCCCAUCUACAUUGUCACCGAGUACAUGGCCAGAGGAUGCCUGCUGGAUUUCCUGAAGACAGAUGAAGGGAGCAGAUUGUCACUCCCAAGGCUGAUUGACAUGUCGGCACAGAUUGCUGACGGGAUGGCAUACAUCGAGCGCAUGAAUUCCAUCCACCGCGACCUGCGGGCGGCCAACAUCCUGGUGUCUGAGGCCUUGUGCUGCAAAAUUGCUGAUUUUGGCUUGGCUCGAAUCAUCGACAGUGAAUACACGGCCCAAGAGGGGGCCAAGUUCCCCAUCAAGUGGACAGCCCCGGAAGCCAUCCACUUCGGGGUCUUCACCAUCAAAGCAGACGUGUGGUCCUUUGGAGUCCUCCUGAUGGAAGUUGUUACUUACGGGCGGGUGCCAUACCCAGGGAUGAGCAACCCCGAGGUCAUCCGCAACCUGGAGCGCGGCUACCGCAUGCCGCGCCCCGACACCUGCCCGCCCGAGCUGUACCGCGGCGUCAUCGCCGAGUGCUGGCGCAGCCGGCCCGAGGAGCGGCCCACCUUCGAGUUCCUGCAGUCGGUGCUGGAGGACUUCUACACGGCCACCGAGCGGCAGUACGAGCUGCAGCCCUAGCGAGCCGCGCCCGCCUGCGCCCCGUGCCCACCUCUGCGCGGACGACCCCGAACUUUCGGGCCAGCCCGGACGGGCCGCGAAGGCGGGGGGGUCGGCUGUGCCCAUUUCUCAGACCCGAAAACCAGUGGGCAGAGGCAGCUUCGCAGGGGGUCCCCGGACGGACUCCUUCACCGACUGUGUACCCUCGGGCGAGUUACGCGACCUCUCAGUGACGCUUCAUUGGUAAAGGGGCUGUAACAGUGACCUCGCACGGUCACCCGGAGUACUAAGUUAGCCCCAAUAAGGCGUUCAGGACUAGUAAGCGACUAUCAUCAAGUAAGGCCCCCGUGCUGGGCCCUGACCGAGGAGUCGCCGCCGCUGGCCGCGUCCCCGCCGCUGCGCCCUGCAGGGACCCCGCCCUGCUCCGCUGCAGAAGCCAGACUGGGUCCCCCGGACGCCAGCAGGGGCAGUCCCAGCCUAGGCCGCGCUCCAGCACUGCGGGGCUUUUCCGCAAUAAAGUCACGAGCUUUCGA